AUGCUAGACUUUGAGAUGGCCGUGCCUCUCAUCUACCCGCAGAACACCGUCUUAUACAUGGUCCCCGAUUCCGGUCCCAAUAAACCAGGCAUCUGGAACCCCUUCCUGGACGCGCUAGAUGCCAGCUAUUGUAAUUACAGCGCGCACGGCUACACGGGAGAUACGCCAGAGAUUGACGGGACUUUUUCUCGGCAAGAUUGCGGCACCGUUCCGCGGACAAACGUCAUCUCCAUCUCAUACGGCUCGACGGAGCCUUGGUACCCGGCAAAGUAUCUGAUGAGACAGUGCGACGAGUGGAUGAAGCUGGCGCUCCAGGGCACGACCAUACUGGUAGCGAGCGGCGACGAUGGCGUGGCGGAUCCCUCGCGGGAGUGCAUGGGGGCAAACCACACCAUCUUCAUGCCGGACUCGACAUGCGACUGUCCUUACAUAACGGCCGUCGGAAGCACCUACUUGCCGCUACACAGGCGCCCGGGAAACGAUGAAGUAGCGACUGAUGUGUUCUCCUCUGGCGGCGGAUUUAGCAACAUCUACACGACGCCGAGGUACCAGAGCAAAGCCGUACGGCACUACCUCACCAAGUAUCCGCCGUCUUUCCCGUCUUAUAGGACUUCCAACGGCCGCGUGCCGCAGGAUGGCGGUGUUUUCAACCGCAAUGGCCGUGCGUAUCCGGACCUCUCUGCGGCUGGGCUGAAUGGGCAGGUUAUAAGGCGUGGAAAGUGGGUGCUGUCCGGAGGGACGUCCAUGUCCGCGCCCAUCAUCGGUGCCAUCUUUACCCUCAUCAACGAGGAUCGACUUACUGCUGGCAAGACCCCGAUCGGCUUCGUCAAUCCCGUGCUGUACCAGAACCCGGACAUGUUCAAUGACAUUCUGGUGGGGUCGCAGGCGCGCGGCGGGCCGACAGACAAGGGGUGCGGCGACAAUGGAGGGUUCCGCUGUCAGGAGGGCUGGGAUCCCGUCACGGGCAUGGGGACGCCCGAUUACAAGGCGAUGCACGAGGUGUUCAUGCGACUUCCGUAA